CCAGAGACUAAUAAACGCCUACGAUCCGACGAUCCGGCACUUGAUCCAAGGUUUCUUCUACGGAGAAUACUCGCAAAAUAAUCUCCAGUGGUCGGCCUGCUACAUCUACUUCCACGCCUCGAUGAGCGAGAAGUUCGGCGCGGGGUGUCCGGUUGGAAUUGACACUACUGUCACCACCGCUUCCGUCGUCGCGAAUUGCUGUCCGGCGAUGCCGGUGGCCGCGAUGGGAGCGAGCUCCGCAUCGGAAUUGAUGACCUUCGUGGAGUACGGGCACAUUACCGGGAUCGAGAGGAUUUUCCCCGAUUUCGGCUUUUCUUC